GUCACACCACUUUUGAUUUCCUCACUGUAUUAACUAAAAGAAGUAUCACUGUCAGCUUUUUCCUACUUCUCCCUUUCUGAUACUUUCCAAAUGGCGUGCACUAACAGUUCACGUCACAGGAGCUGAGAAUUUUGUGUUGGUUAAUCAGUAAAGUGAGAUCUAUUUCCACCGUGCAAACAAAAGUCUGCAUUUCCAUUUUACAGCUCUUAGGAUCUGUCAGAGAGGAGGCAUUGAGGCCCGCCUCUUUCACCUCUCAAAUGAGGAAGUUUAUAGCCGAGCCAGAAGCAGCUUCCUUUUGCAGCUUGCAGAUGCAGAAGAUGAACAAGCGAAAUAAAGGACCUAGCGAUACGCACCCAAGGAGAUGAAAGUAGUCAAACAGAAAAACUAAGAGUCUGCUUUGGCUUGCAGGGAUACUUUUUGUUUUUUCUCAGAGCAGGUGCAAACCUUUAGAGCUCAGGCUUUCUUGUGGGUGAGGAACAAAAUGCAGAGUUUUCAGCCUUGGUACCAUGGCAAUAUAACCCGAUCCAAAGCUGAGGAUCUACUUUCCAAAGCAGCGAGAGAUGGAAGCUUCCUUAUCCGGGCCAGUGAGUCCAUACAGGGAGCAUACGCCCUCUGUGUUUUAUACCAGAACUGUGUGUAUACAUACAGAAUCCUGCCAAAUGAAGACAAGAAGCUCUCUGUCCAGGCAUCUGAGGGAGUUCCCAUCAGGUUCUUCUCCAUGCUGCCUGAGCUGGUGGAGGCAUAUUACAGUCCAAACAUGGGUCUGAUCACAAACCUGCAGUACUCUGUCCAGAGGGAAGAGGAGGUAGACGACGAGACGGAGGCCAACAGUCACCGACCACAACUUCCACCGAGGAACUUCACAGCUGAUGUGAAAGAAAGUGACUCCAAGACGUCUGAUCAGGCCUGCAAAACUUUAUCAGACAUCUACGUGACCAGGCUGCAGCAAAUGGAUCUGUCCACAAUACCGGAGGAGCACAAAAUGGCUAUUCAAGAAUACUUCAGGACUUCAGUCAGCUCGGAUGCGGAACAAGUACAGAUUGGUAACACCAACCUCCCUGGUCUGAAAAGACUAACAACAUCAAUCUGCACAAAUCUAAACAGUGAAAUUUCCCGCAUCCUGCCAUCUCUGGAGGUCUUCCACAGGACUUUGGACCAACAGAUCUCUGCGGGAAUGGGACAGUUUCCUAAACAAAUAUUUGGUGAGUCAGGUCAGUCUAUAUCCUACAGACUAGAGCACCUCACGAAACUGCUCUAUUCAAUAGAAGACAAGACUAGAAGCUCAGUUUUUGAGUGUAUUGGAUAUGAAGGAGGUCACAGGAAAUCUCUCUUGCCUGUUGUUACUUUUGAGGUCAAGCAGGACUCUCUCGGUAUUUCAACCAAGAUGUUCCUGAAAGUGGAUGUUGAAAGUGGAAAACUGUACUUCAAAAAGUCAAAAGAUGGGCCUGAAGAUAAAUAUUUUGUUCACAACAAAAUCCUGCAGUUGGUCAAAUCUCAGAAAAUGCUCACCAAGCUUGUCAUUGUCCUGGAGACGGAGAAGGAGAAGAUACUGCGAAAGGAAUUUGUGUUUGAUGACACCAAGAAAAGAGAGGGGUGCUGUCAGCUGCUUCAACUCAUGAAAAACAAACACACGGAGAAGCCAGAGCCGGACAUGAUCACAGUGUUUAUCGGCACCUGGAAUAUGGGCAAUGCUGGACCUCCCCACAACAUCAACUCGUGGUUUCAGUGUAAGGGCCAAGGGAAGACCCAGGACGACACCGCCAAUCACAUUCCACAUGAUCUUUACGUCAUCGGGACGCAGGAGGACCCUUUGGGAGAGAGGGAGUGGGCAGACACAGUGAAAGGUGUCCUGAGGAACAUCACGAACAUCAGCUUCAAACAAGUGGCCAUUCAGACGCUUUGGAACAUUAGGAUCAUGGUUCUGGCCAAGCCUGAGCAUGAAAACAGGAUCUCACACGUUUGCUCGGACAGCGUGAAGACGGGGAUUGCCAACACUCUGGGAAACAAGGGAGCGGUGGGAGUUUCCUUCAUGUUCAAUGGAACAUCUUUUGGCUUUGUCAACAGUCACUUGACUUCUGGAAGCGAGAAGACACUCAAGCGUAAUCAAAACUACAUAAACAUCCUACGAUUUCUGAAUCUGGGAGAUAAGAAGCUCAACCCGUUCGACAUCACUCAUCGCUUCACACACCUCUUCUGGUUCGGAGAUCUGAACUACCGCGUUGAUUACCCAUCGUCGGAAGCUGAGAACAUUGUGACAAAGAUCAAUAAGCAGCAGUACCAGGAACUCCUCGGCAGAGACCAACUCACCAUGGAGAGGAAUGAGGAGAAGGUCUUCUUGCACUUCGAUGAAGAGGAAAUCACAUUUGCGCCUACCUAUCGCUUUGAACGAGACACCCGAGAGAAGUAUGCCUACACAAAGGCCAAAGCCACAGGGACAAAAUAUAAUCUGCCCUCCUGGUGUGACCGUGUUUUGCGGAAGUCAUACCCUCUGGUGCACGUUGUCUGCCAGGCUUAUGGAUGUACCAACGACAUCAUGACAAGUGACCACUCGCCAGUUUUUGCCUCUUUUGAAGUCGGCGUUUCCUCGCAGUUUGUUUCCAAACAAGACCCAAACAGUGCACCUGAAGGUGCAAUACAAAUCAUGAACUGUGUGGCCAAUCUGAUGACGAAAUCAAAGACCAAAUUUUUCAUUGAAUUCCACUCCAGCUGCCUGGAGAAAACUGUGAAGACUUCUGAGGGAGAGAACACUGAACACUCCACAGGAUCGAUCAAAGUUUGGUUUGGCAACCAGGUCACGCUCACGCCGAUCAUCUCGGACCCCGAGUACCUGUUAGAUCAGCACCUCCUCAUCUGUGUCAAGUCAACAGACUGUGACGAGUGUUACGGUGAGGGGUGUGUUGCCUUGCGAGCCGCUCAGUCCUGCUACACAGAGUUUCAAAUCACGCUGACUUACCAUGGCGAGAAAACCGGCACUUUAACUGGGGGAAUCCAGCUCCGCACCUCUGAAGGCAAACUAACUGAAAAGCUAUAUGAUUUCAUCAAAGUUGAAAGGGAUGACACUGUCACCUCAAAGGGCAAAAGUGGAGACCCGAGCAAGUUUUCAGUCACCCAUGCACACGAUAUCUCAAACCCAAGUUACAUGGGAUUGCCAUUCAAAGGUGGAAAAGGGACAGAUAAAGGUUGGAGUUACAGCAUGCCCCCACAAAACCAAUCCACUGUGCAGCAUGUGGGGAAAGAGUCCAAGAAGAGUGGCUACGAUGUGGGAGCACGCGGUGCCGCGGGAAAAGCUGGAGCUGUGGUUGAAGACACAAAGUCAUCAGAGAUGUUUGACAAUCCCCUGUAUGGCUCAAUGGCAAAGCCUCACGGACGGCCGAAGGACCCUGACUUUACACAGAAGGACCAUCUAGUAACCCCAGAUCAACAGUUUCCAACCAAAGGGGCAGAUGGGGACCUUGAUCGCCCUCCUGUGCCCACUCCACGCAACCGCUCCUUCACCUACUCCGAGAACAAAUCCCAGCCUCCGACUGCUGUCAACCUCCACCCUUCAACUCACAAGAAAUUGGUCGUCCCCUCAUGGUCAGAUGGAGCGAUGAUCCCACAGAGCCGACCUCCUUUACCCGCUAAGUCCCGCCCAGGUGGGCCCGAGUCGCAGACCCCCAAACCCAGGGAGAGAGACUACAGAGACAGCUCGGAACUCCCCAGCAAGCACAGACCACCAGCAAGACCAGGUCAACCUCAGCCCCCCAAAGAAGUGCAUCCAGAACCUCCCAAGAUGGGCCGUUCCGUGAAGUGAGACGGCAGUGAUGUCCAGCAGUGACCGUACAGCUUCUUGCUCUGCAUUUUCCAUGGAAAUAUAGGACGCUGUUAUGUUUGUUCUUACAUGUGAAAGAGACUCGUGCAUUUGACGCUCAACCCACUCACUCAUGCAACACAUGCCUUUUCUCAAGCUAACCUGCAGUUUUUGGCUCAAUCUUGAACUUUGUGUUUCACAUUAAAAAAAAAAGUUAUUUUACCACUUAGGAUAUAGAGAUAACUCAAUAAGUAAUGUGUCACUUUGAAACUUUCAGACUGAAGAUGAUAUUCAAUCGCUAUUUAUUGCCAGCAGCUGUCAUACCUGUUAUACUCAGUUUUAUCGGAUAACAUCUUACAUUGUUAUAUUUUGUUAGUUUUCAUUCAGACUUUUCAUUCCAAAACAGAGUGUUUACUGUGAUUUCUUCUUAAAAAUUACAAUGAAGAAGACAUGCUAAGAAAUUAUUCUUAUUUUCUUUUGUCAACGUUAUAAUUUCUUCUUGCUUUUUCUUUCAACCUGUCUUCCUGAGGCAAGUGUUACUCAAGCUUUAAAUGAAUGUUGUAUCAUCUGUAGAAUAUGUCCUAAUCAGAUGGUUGUAAUCUGAAUGAUCAUUAAUCUGUAAUAUUGCAUGAAUUGAGUCAAUGAGCAUUUGUCUGCAUGUGCACAUAUAGACGUUGCCCCCCCCACACCCACCCACCCACACACACACACACACACACACACACACACACACACCUUACACUAGGCUAAAGUCCAAAGGAUGUUUUCGUUUUGACUCUGCCAAUACAUUCCCUGUCCACUGUUACAUUAUUGAAUGAAUGAUUACUACACAGUAUUAUAAUUAUAUUGUUGCACAGACUCAUGAUAAGUUUUAAUAACUAUACAUUGAAUGUCUCAAUAAAGCCAAGAAUCCAAGUUUAUUGAGUUGUCAAUGUCAGUGUCAGUGCCAGCUUUAUUUCUAUAGCACAUUUACAACUUAAAAGCCCAAAGUGCUUCACAAUAA